AUGCUCACCAAGACCAUUCUGGGCGCUACUGCGCUGCUUGCGGGUGUUGCGACGGCGGAAACGGCACCUGGGUUUCCCAUUCAGGUUUCCCAGAACUUGACGGUCACGUAUGGGAAUAAUACCGUGUCGCCUGGUGGAGAGCUGAUUCCUCGUCCUGAAACCGCACAACGCCCUACCAUCUCUUCUUCAGUAUGGUUCAGCGACGAGCGAGGCCCCGGCCAAUGCGUCCUCCUCAUGGUUGACCUCGACGUACCCCGUAACAACUCGCGUGUCCAACUAAUCCAUUGGAUCGCCGCAAAUGUCACACGCUCCGUUCCCCUCUCGGCCAACACAACAGAGUCGCCGCUCGUAAUCCCUUCAGAUAACCCUGUUCCCUAUCUCCAGCCCUCACCUCCUGUCGGCGAUAUCCCACACAGCUACACGUUCAUCCUGAUGCAACAGCCACGCAACUUCAGCAUACCCUCCAUGUACGACGACUUGGCGGAUAACAGGGUGGGUUUCAACGUCAGCCAGUUUGCGGCCGAUGCGAACCUCACAGGUGGAGUAGCGGCGAGCUGGAUUACGGUACAGAACCUUACCGAGACGCCGACAAACACAAGCUUCCCACCCCCGAGGCCGAGUCCAAUGGGAGAUGGUUCGGACACCGGUAGUCCGGCUUCAGGUGAUGCGAGUGGCAUGACUGGCGGCAGAACCUUCUGGACGGCGAUUAGCACUACAGCGAUGGCUGUUGUGUUUGCUAUCGCUUUGUAA